UGUGAGCGCAUAUGUAAGAUUUUUACGAUAAAGAAGGCAACGUUAAAAAACAAUACAUUUAUAAUUACAUUUUUUGAAUAUAAAGUUUUCAGUCGCUUUUUGGAGGGAUUUUACCGUCGGCACUCGAUAUGGAUUUACUUUUGCGGGUUGGGACUGUGACCCAUUGGCUACUAUAUUUUGCAACUGCAAUGAUUUUGCUUCUUGAUUGCACAUUGCGCAUUGUUUUUUACACAGGGAUUGACUGCACCGUUUAGUAGACUACUAAUUCUCUCUAGUCUAUUUUCCAUUCCAAAGGCCAUCAGAGAAUAAUCAGACUUAUUUGAACUGUUACCAAACAACCUAAAUCGCACGGAAUCAUUUUAAGACCACUGAAUGAAAUGGCACAUCACAAUGACUUGUUCGGAGCUACUGAGUUUAUCAAAGAUCGGUUAUAUUUUGCUACUGUGCGAUGCAAACCAAAAAGCACAGCGAAUACGCAUUAUUUCUGCACGGAUGAUGAAUUUGUCUAUGAAAAUUUCUACGCAGACUUUGGGCCUCUUAAUUUGGCCAUGCUGUAUCGAUACUGCUGUAAACUGAAUAAGAAGUUGAAGUCCUUUACUCUGUCCCGGAAGCGUAUUGUCCACUACACCAGUUAUGACCAGCGGAAGAGGUCCAACGCCGCAUUCCUGAUUGGUGCUUAUGCUGUGAUAUACCUAAAGAGGACUCCAGAAGAAGUGUACCAAGCCCUGGUAUCUGGAAAUAAAGUGUCAUAUGUACCUUUUAGAGACGCGGCCUUUGGGAACUGUACAUACAAUCUAACCGUCUUUGACUGUUUACAAGGCAUCCGCAAGGCCUUGCAACAUGCGUUCAUUGACUUUGAGACAUUUGAUGUUGAAGAGUACGAGCAUUAUGAGCGUGUAGAAAAUGGGGAUUUUAACUGGAUUGUGCCUGGGAAGCUACUGGCGUUCAGUGGGCCUCAUCCCAAGAUCAAAAUCGAGAACGGUUACCCGCUCCAUACCCCUGAAGCCUACUUCCCCUACUUCCGCCAGCACAACGUAACUGAUGUGGUCCGGCUCAACAGGAAGAUCUACGAGGGCCAGCGAUUCAUGGACGCUGGCUUCAGGCAUCAUGACCUGUUCUUUGUGGAUGGCGGCACACCCAGUGACCUUAUCCUCCAGCGUUUCCUGCAUAUCUGUGAAAGUACUGAGGGGGCCAUCGCUGUUCACUGCAAAGCAGGUCUCGGCAGGACGGGCACUCUGAUUGGCUGCUACCUCAUGAAGCACUACCGUUUCACAGCAGCAGAGGCCAUUGCCUGGAUACGCAUCUGUAGGCCUGGCUCGAUCAUCGGACCCCAGCAGAACUUUCUAGAAGAAAAGCAGAAUAGCAUGUGGGUGGAGGGGGACUUGCACCGAUCCAAGCAGCAGGAGAGGGGCCUGGCGCACCUCCUCUCUGCCAUGGAUGACAUCUCCAUCACCAGCACAACCCAAAACUCCCAAAGCACAGAUGAGAAUGACGAUAAUGUGAACACAACUCAAGGAGAUAAACUACGUGUUUUGAAGGGCAGCCGCCUUCCCAGAGCUGCAUCAACUGCUUUCAGUAGGAUAUUGCCAGCACCUACUUCCUUCUCUCCCUGGAAGUCUUCCAAAAUUCCUUUCUCUUUCACCGCCCCAUCACCCCAAAGAAUCAUGCGAAGCCCCUCAUCUUCUGCAGGAAACCUAAAGAGCUCCAAGCCCCGUUUAACCCGCUCCCUUGGCAACCUCUACAGUCCAGGUGACUUCCAGGAAGAGGACUCCAAUGGCUUCUCUUCUCUGUACUCCUCUCCGCCCUCUGGGCCUCCACCCUUGUCAUGUGCCCUACCUCCACCCCGCUUCAGCUAUCCCGACCUCCACUGGCCUUUCUCCAGCCCCAAUUUCCAACAGGAGGUCAACAGCGGGCGGGGCAGGGCGACCAGUGCCAGGACUGUCGCCCCCACCCACUCCUUCAGGCCCAUGAAGAGAGCCUUCGGUCCCAAGCCCGUAACCACGUCUGGCCCUCUCAGAGCACCGGGUUUACUGGGGCUUGGCAGGCCACCAGGCCACAUCCUCAGUCGCUCCAUCCCUUCCCUUCAGUCGGAAUAUGUUAAGUACUAAGACUGCAACGACGCACUGAUUCCAUUCCCAUCCAGACUGUUGAUCGAUUCUCUCUUCAGUAAGCUGCAACCUGCUUCAGAACUCACAGGGACUACAGAAUUAACAGCUUUGUUGCAAUGAUAUAUAAAGGCAAACAAAAGAAGGGAUCAGUACGUGUUUAUAAUGUCAAAAAGUCUUGACACUGAAGUUUGUAAUUAUGUUUUUUUGUUUUGUUUUUAUUUUGUGUUUGUUACUUCUACUUAGGCCAUCUUACAUAAGAUUGUGUAUUACUUUAUCUAAAUAAUGCUGUGCUUACCCCAUCCCUAAUCUUAAUAUCAGUAAGUAAAAGAAAAUAAUUUGAAUGAUUUUUAAAAAAUAUACACAAAUGGUUUUGUCAUUCUCACAUUAAGAUAUGGCUAUUACUUAUGUUGUGUGUCUGCUCCUGAUACUGAAUUUAGUGGUU